AUGAAAUUCAAAGUAGCUGAAGGGAGUAAUAAAAUGCUGGUUACAUCUCCGAGAGGCGCCAAAUCUCUUCUCCGGAGGUCGGCGGCUCUGAUGUGCCUUGCAGGAGAACUACAAAUCGUCCUGGACCUUGGCCAAAUUGCCCCUGCCCCGGUGUACUUUGCUCACGGUCGUCGCUUGCAACGGAAGAACAACGCGCGAAUGAAAAACCACCGCCAGCAAGCACUGCUGCUAGCUGGAAAAAAGAAAACCGGGAACAAGAAGAAGAUGAAAAAGGACAACGAAAAAACACAAAUCGACAUCACGCCAACGAGUGAAGAUAAAAUUACCGCCUCGAGCGAAUUCAAUGAAGAUGUCCGGGUAAAGAACCUGGUCGACGGCGACUUGCAUUCCAUUUUCAAUACCGCAGACAAUGCUUAUGGCAAGCCCGGGCAAAAGUGUCCGUGGAUCCAACUGGAACUCGACGUCCCGUCUGGUACAACUACAACUUCAGUGGGCGAGGUUCACCUGACGAGCUGGCUUUAUGGAGGUAAAGAAAAUGAAUUUUUCCGGUUGCGCCGGCUCCUGUUUCUGCGAGGGAAAAAUUUCGGGGGCGGGGGGUGGAAUGUAACUGACGAGUCUUUGCCAGAGGGAGACGUGGCGAGCUCGGGGGCGAACGCCGGGAUUCGGGUUUUGGUCACCGUAUGUCAUGAGGAAAAACGUACAACCCGCCGCCACCCUAGAUCCGUAGUAGCCAAAAAAUAAAAAAGAAAAAUCUUAAUCUCUCUGAUAAUUAGUCUUCCUUGUAAUUAUAGUCGAAUCCUGAAUUCUACCACAAGGACGAGUAACAGCAAUCAGAAAGAUUUUGAUUUCCCAUUCGGAGCCGCGCGAACUCACAGCACAGACUCGUCACCAAUCAGGUUUCGUUUCCUGCUGGUCAACAUAGCACGAAGAAUUUUUCCCAUGAAAACACAAAUGCUGCUCAUGGGCAGCCGGAGCCGCAGGCGACACGUUCUACUUCUAGCCCUGCUGGUUGUAUUAGAUUCGCAUGACAAAGACAAGAACUCUGGCGAGCGGGUACUAUGUUUUUCCACAGGAUAGACCGACUCUUUUCGAGAUCGGGCUGACACCUCGCAGUGGUUCGAGACCGGGGACGACCGACCUGGUUGGUACAAAGGGACAGCUGCGGGGGAUGUGUGCCAGCCGCCAGUCCCUUCGGAGGUUUGCGACUGGAUUCUCUGCGAUGAACAAGAAAAUGCGGCGACGUGCAAGGACCGGUUUGAGCCAACCGAACAGGAUCCGACAAUCGGCACCGCGGUGGUUGACUGCAAGGGGAAACAGGGGAAGUACCUCAUCGUGGAAUUACCAGGUGUCGUGGAGGCAGCUGGCAACGACGCAAUUCGCGUUCUGAACCUGAACGAAGUCAAGGUGUUUGGCGCAGCUGCCACAAGCGAGCAGGGCUUGUCGACCCACGGUGGUGGGGCCAACCAAGCGCCCGAGGACGAUGUUGAAAAGUCCGAGGCGUUUAGGAGGCUGCUCGGCGCAAGUCCAGCUACAGGCAAGCAGGACGCCCUCCCAGCUGAUGACUGCUGCUUCUAG